CCGUCAUGUCGCAGCCCACGAAAGGCAAAAAGGCCUCCAAAGCGAGCAGGACGCAUGGUGAUAAAAAUACAGGCAAAGCAUCUGGAGAUAAAAAAGGAACAGAAGCAGCAGAGAAGAAACCUACAAGCACUGGCAUCACUGAAUCCCCCAAAACACACGCAGAUGGAACACCUCCCAUCAGUAAGGUAACGUGAACGUCUUCUACUGCUGCAACAAAGACACCUGCCAUGAAGCCUUCUGAAACAAAGGCUUCUUCAAGCCAUCAACAGACCAGUGGAGUGGAAUCCCACAAAAGGAAAAGAAACAAGAAGCAGGCAAAAGCAAAAACGGAACCUGAAAAAGCAGCACAGUUAAGCAAGCCACCAGAUUCUCAGACAAAACUUCUGUCAGAAGAGAAGCAGAAAGACUCUGGAAAGACACAAAGUCCAAGCAAACCUUCUGCGGUAGCAGAACCUAAACAAACAAAUUCUGGCAAAGCAGCUGCCAAUCAGGUUGGCAAGCCACCAAAGGAAUCAUCAGUUCACAAGCCACCAAAGGAACCAUCAGUAGAAGAACCAAAGGCAAAAUCUGGUGACAAAUCAUUGUCCACCAAGGCAGCUGUUGCAGCUGCUGCCACAGCUGGAGCAGUUGCUGCUACUGGUUUGACUUCUGCAUCUAGUAAAGAAAAUAAACCAGCAGCCACUACUCCAGCUGCAGCAGGAACAGACAAUAAAUCAUCUGAAAAGUCUGCCUUAGAUGAUUUAAUAGAUUCAUUGGGAGGUCCUGAAGAAAAUGAGCCACCAAGUCCUGCGUAUACUGGACCACCGGUUUUGGAUCCAAUGUCAUCCUUGUACAUAGAAGAGCUUGGCAAACGAGAGAGCACCAUUCCUCCAGAGUAUAGGAAACUAUUGGAGGGAGAUGGCAAAGUUCCCCCACCAGCGGCAGAGGGAGAAUCUCAGCCAACUAUGACAGAUGAUGACCUUGCAGAUGCUCUGUCAUCUGAUUUUACUUGCAGUGCUGUCCCAAGUGCCGGAGACAAGGAAACCACACCAAAAGAGACGGGAGACAGUGAUCUUGUGCAAGCCCAGUCUACAAAUGUGGUCAGCAGUUCAGCACCUCCUAAAGAGAAGAAACCAAAGCUGGAAGAGGAGGAAAUUAGCGGCAGUGCCCUAGAUGCUCUUGUAGAUACUCUUGGCAUGCCAGAACCAGAGCCUGAAGUAGAUCUCAGCUCCAUCGUGGAAGUUGAAGAGCCAAAAGCCAAAGAAAAGAAAGAAAAGAAGGCGGGUGAAUGGGAUGAUACCAUUCCUCCAGAGUACAGAUUGAAACCAGACAUGGAUAAAGAUGGGAAGCCCUUGUUGCCAAAGCCAGAAGAAAAACCUAAGCCUGUUAGUGAAUCUGACCUAGCUGACGAAUUUUCCAAAGAUUUUGUCUGUCCAGCUUCUCCCGCAAAAAAAUCAGAACCAUCUGAACCUACUGAUGUGACUAAGAAAUCUGCAGCUGCUGAAGCCCCAGAAGUGCCUAAGGAAAAAGUGGAAAGUUCUGCUGCUGUUCCUCCAGUGCAGUCUUCUGCCACAUCAGGAGUUUCCAAACCUUCAUCAUCUGAGCCCAAAAAACCUCCCAAAGAAGAGGCGAUAUCCACAACUUGUGUUUCUUCUGUUCAGUCUUCAGCUCCAUCGGCAACUUCUCCAAGUGCGCAAGUACCUGAUGACGUGUUGGAAGCCUUAUCUGGAAGUCUGGGGGGGAAAGAGUCUGAUCCAGAAGAAAAAAAGCCAGCUGUAGACAAAGUGAAGGAAAAAGCGAAACAAGAAGAGCAUGAGAAACUUGGGGAAGAUGAAGAAACCAUCCCCCCUGAUUACAGACUCAGUGAAGCGAAGGAUAAAGAUGGGAAGCCUCUUUUACCAAAACCUGAAGAAAAACCUCAACCUAUAAGUGAAAGUGAGCUUCUUGAUGCCUUAUCAGAAGAUUUUUCUUGUUCUUCAGUGCCAACAUCACAGGCUGCACCCCAAAAACCCGAUGCUGCUAGCAAACCUCCCUCCGAAGAAGUUGUUUCUUCCUCGGCUACUGCAGUGCAUUCCUCAGCUCCACCGGCAGCAGCUGUCCCAAGUAAGAAAGAACUUGAUGAUGCUGCCGAUCUUCUGGCAGACUCACUGGGGCAAAGAGAACCAGACCCUGAUGAAAAUAAACCAGUUGUGGAUAAAAUAAAGGAAAAAGCUAAAUCCGAACAUAGAGACAAACUUGGAGAGAGAGAUGAUACAAUCCCUCCUGAUUAUAGGCAUCUUCUGGACUCAGAUGAGAAGGGCAAGCCUAUAAAGCCAAAAGGCAAGGAUGGUGAGAAGCCCAAAGAACAAAAGAAGCCAGCUGAUGACUCAGCUGCUAUUGAUGCACUUUCUGGAGACUUUGAUAGUUGUGGGAAACCUCCUGUAUCUCAGCAACCACCAGCAAAGGAUGAAAAAGCAAAAGAUACUGCCACAUCUAAAUCAGUUACAAAGGAUGAAAAGAAGUCCAAGGCUUCCAGAAAGGCAAAGGAGCAGUCUUCCAGUGCAAAAUCUGAAAAACAAAAAAAAAGUUAAAUGUCACUGGGUAAGUG